AGCAUUGGAGACCGCCUCGUAAUUUGCUUCCUUGCGGCUUUCCCACACCUGGUUAUCCUUUACUAACCAUACCUAGCCCCUUUUCUUGUCAUUAUUAUGCUUUGGGGUCCGGUUAAAAUCAGCUAAAGCUAGCUGCAUCAAGCUAGCUCCCGAUUUGAAUUCGAAUGUCGUGCAUAAGCAGCUAACCUCUCCAAAAUAUCACUUUCAAAUACACGAACCAGUGACAUGAAGUGAUGGGUUGGUGCCACUAAUGUCAGCUCGGGACUGCAGCAGACAGCACUCACCAUGAGUGGCGAGCAUACAGACAUCCUGUCAACCGCAGAGGUGGUCCGAGAUAGAUGGAGAGUGGUGAGAAAGAUAGGCGGAGGCGGCUUCGGUGAGGUCUACGAGGUCUUGGACCUGCUGAGCCAGGCGACCGUUGCCAUGAAAGUGGAGUCUGCCACCCACCCCAAACCAGUGCAGAGGACAGAGGCGGCCGUUUUGAGGAAGCUGCAGGGCAAAGAUAACGUGUGUCGCUUUGUCAGUGCCGGUCGCAACGAACGCUUCAACUAUGUGGUGAUGGAACUCCAGGGGAGGAACCUGGCAGAUCUGCGCAGAAGCAGGGCCCGUGGUACAUUCUCCGUCUCGACAACUCUGAGGCUCGGCAAGCAGAUUUUACAGGGCAUCGAAAACAUCCACUCUGUGGGCUUCCUGCACCGCGACAUUAAACCGGCUAACUUUGCAAUGGGAAGAUUAGCAAGUACCUGUAGGUGCUGCUACAUGCUGGACUUUGGUUUAGCCCGACAGUACAUGACCUCCAACCAGGAACUCCGUCCUCCUCGGUCUGUGGCCGGCUUCAGAGGAACUGUGCGAUAUGCUUCUAUCAAUACUCAUAAAAAUAAGGAAAUUGGUCGUCAUGACGAUUUAUGGUCCCUCUUCUACAUGUUGGUUGAAUUCAUGUCUGGUCAGCUCCCAUGGAGGAAAUUUAAAGACAAGGAACAAGUAGGAAAUCUAAAAGAUGCAUAUGACCAUAGCCUCAUGCUUAAUCACUUACCAUCUGAGUUUAGCGCAUUCCUUGAUCACAUCCUUAGCUUGGACUACUACACCAAGCCAGACUAUGAGAUGCUGAUGUCACUGUUUGACAGCGCUAUGAAAAGCCACAAUGUGCUGCACAAUGAUCCCUACGACUGGGAGAAAUGUGACUCAGAGGACAUGCUGACCGCUGCAGCGGCGCCGCCGACCGGCCAGGACCUCACCCGCCUCACGCCAGCACACAUGGGCAUGGCCAAUGCAUCAGUGCUGCCAGUGGAAUUGCAGAGGGAGAACACGGAGGAUGUCCUCAUGCUCGGAGAGCGCUUCAGCGACGCUGACAACUGCCCCCCUAUCCCUGCUGCUACUGUGCCUGCGAGAGGCAUAUGGGAUGAAAUGGACCGCAUUCAAAACCAGAAACAUGUUGAGCCAGUGAUCAGGAAGGUGGUGACUGAGGAAGAGCACAGUCAGAACCAGGGCAACCAAAGCCCCGCUGGCUCCGUGCAGAGCUCUCCGAGACGAGUACGAUCCGAGACCCUGUUCUUGGACCGGGCUGUGCCGCUGCUUCGGAAGAUGCGUCAGAGUCAGAGCUUGGCGUUUGAAAGGAGACUUGCACCUGAGCCCAAGCCGACUCUUGAGCGCUUCUUUGAGUCCUGUCGAGGCAAAACGCCUCCGGUCCUUUCUAACAUCGGGGAGAAAGUCUUGUCGGACGAUCAUUCUGGCACGGGUACGGCUGACCCAGAGGAUGGCGCAGUCAGCAGCGGUUUUGUCGCAGUCAACAUAAGUCCUGUGGUCCAAGAGGGAGACUCCCAGGAGUGGGUGGUGCUGGAGCUAGAGCAAGGCACCAAUUCCGUAGCCAUCAAGCCUUCAGCUGAAGCCCAGCGCGAGGACAAAGCAGUGGCCCCGAACGCUGCCGAUGGCGAGAAACACCCACCGCAGGAGGGCACGGCUGUAGCGAUCAGUCCUGUUCUGUCACACUGUUCUGUCGGGUCGUGGUUACUUGGCCACAGGAGGCUGCCAGGGAUGCUGGGGCAGAUGCCCUCGGUCAUCAUGGGACGACCCCACAUGGAUCAGUCUUCCAGCUGCACACCGCAGGCGCCUGUGCUCGAGAAGAGUGACACGAUACCUCUUGAGGGUGCGUCCAGCAAAUCCGAUGAACUCCCUGGACAACUCCUAAAGGAUGGAGGGAAAACGGAUUUGGCCCCGUCAUCGAGCCCACUUAAGGGUUCGACAACACUCCUAACAAAAGACCCAGAGAGUGAUUCUGGUCUGCCUGACUGCUCGUUAGAGCUGAACCAGCAGCCUCAAGCGGUCUGUUCACUCCUCGCUUCUUUAAGGCCAAAAGACUCUCCCUGCUCGCCAAAAAUGAGCCGUAUCCCAAUACGAGACUCCGGCACUCCCCCGGACUCUCCGGGCAGGAACCUGCACCGGGACAGGCGAAAUCGCUGGAGCAGCCCUGUACCCGGCUCGCCCACGCAUUCCCCUUCUCCAUCCCUUUCCUGCGAAAACCUGCAGGUCACUCUCCCUCGAGAACGUCUAUCCUCGGAGCGAGGGUCCAGGUCGGACUGUGGAGGGGAAGACCCUCUUUCUCUGUCCUCCUCAUCCGGCAGUAAAAGUAAGAUCCCACGACCCAUGAGCGCCACCUUUGUUCCCGAGCAGCUCAGCGGCAGACACAUGCCUCACCCACCACCUGGGAAACCGUCUGAAGGCCCCUGUGCCGACCACAGGCGGCGGCGGUUGCGAGUACGUGCCAGCAGCACCAGCGACACGGACUCUUUGUCCAAUCUGAGCCAGUUGCCGCAGGACCGCGGCGGCCAGCUCGUCAGCCCACCUCCACCUCGCCCUUGCAGCUCCUCCGUCCUGCACCGCUCGCUGAGUUGCUCACCAUCCCGCCAGGAGCCCCGCAACGGCAGGGCACCGCCUUUGGGACGCAGCCGCUCUCCGUCUAGCUUCGGCGGGUCAUCUACGCCGCCGCCUCCUCCUCCUCCUCGUCACGGCCCCCUGCAAGCCAGGUCGUCCGGGCAGAGUCCGUGGGCCCCCCCACGCUCUAUAGGAACAGGUUUGAUCCAGGAGGGUAAAGGCUCAGGGAAACUGAAACGGUGAUUAACAGAAAAGACUGAUCUGAUCGCAUGUGUAAAUACAGUAUUUGCUCAAAGGAAUAUAUACCGUAUGUAAUGUAAGAAAAACAUGUAUUUAUCUAUUUAUUUGCUACAUUAGCUUAAAUUGACCCAUGAACACUGAACAGUACCUUGAAACGCUCCAGUGAUUAUGUGCAUACACUUCAAGGAAUGUUUGAUGAAAAUGGUUGCAACCGGGGUGCAUAAUUCAAAGUGAACCAUGGCCCUCACAUCCCCUUUUUCAUGACAAAUGCUUGAAAUAAUCUUUGAAUUUGAUACCAUCCUACGGCCACAUUACAAAACGUAGGGGAAAAAAAGUGUAAUUUAGCUUCACCCAUCUAUCUCAUCUCAUCUUCUAGGACAGUCUUUCUCAACCUGUAUUAAACCAAGGCACAUAUUACUUUAGAAAAAGCUCACGGCAAACCACCAAGCAAAAAGUAUGGUCUACAUAUUGAAAUAUGAUCUCAAUUUCCUCACAAAUUGACUUGGAAAUUCACACUUGUUUAGUUGAACACAAAGCUAUGAUUGUUGUAUCAAUGGUACGAGAUGGAGUUCUGUUCUACCUUUCCAUCUAGUGGAAGAGCAUUUAAUUGUUCUGCGUGUCCUUAUGUCGCUGGCAUAGAUAGAAUACAUUUGUAGUAAAUAAAAUAACACCAGAUGAUCUCUCAGGGCGCACUACAGUAAUGUGACGCUGCACAGUAGUUGGAAUCAUUGGUUUAGGUUACCCGCGUCCAGUUGGGGCUCGCUCCUUUGGACUAGUUCCCCCAAAAUGGCUGACUUCCUGUUCAAUGUCAGCCAUGGUUUCUUGAGACAUUUUCAUGCGUGUUGUUAUGUUAGCGAUGUCCAUCCAAUUUCACGUCUGUCGUUGAAACAUGUUUGUAUAACUUACCAGGGGGCGCAAUGAAGUGAGUUUUGGGGAGUUGUGUUGGAGACUCCAAAAAAUACGUUUCAAGCACGAUACGUGCACUUGCAAAUAUUUUGAAUUUUUGGCAUGCUAUGGCUCUCCAAAAUGCAAUUUAUUCAUCUGAAGAAUAAACAGCGAUUCCGGUACGGGCCAGUAAUAAUACAAAUAUUUUAAAUUGCCAGGUUAAACACAAGAAACAACGCAUUCAACUUCACAAAACAAUCUUAGUUUACCACAUGUGUAGCGCCAUCCAAAUUGCCAUCGAUAUAAUUUUGCACAGUUUGCAGCCCUAAAGCUAGCAACAUGUCAAAGUUUUGUCCAUGUAUAUAUAUUAUAUAAGCAAAUGACAUCCAUUUUGAGGUCUAGAUCAUUGAGUGCAAGUGCAUCCAUUUUAUAGAACUUAGUGAAUUCAUGUCCCAAAAGUGUAAUGGUGGAAGACAAAACACUAAAAUAAUCCGCAAUACAGCAAAAAAAAAAAAAUAAUAAUAAUAAUAAUUACACAGCCUCCAAAUUAUGUAAACUGAUACUGUACCGCUUAUCAGUUUACAUAAUUUGGAGGCUGUGUAAUUAUUAUUAUUAUUUUGUACAGAAAAGGGAUGGAUGGAAAAAACAAAGAUUAUAUUGGAGUCCCCAAUGUUGAACGCUCCUACAUUUAAUGUCAGCAAAUUUCGCGAGAGUUCAGUUUACUACCUAAAGGAUUAAUAUUGAAAUGCUUUUUCUUCGGCCUUUUGUGAUUCCACUUUAGAAGCGAGGAAAAGAGAAUCCUAAAUGGAACUUGUUACAUCAUCAUCAAGGAUCAUUGUGUGGUGGUUAGGAAGGCUAAAAUUGUUACUUUAAAAAUCUAAUUCACUAUAGGGAACUUUUUUUUAAAGUUAGAACAAUUUGGAAGUCAAUGGAUUGUGUUCAGCUUUGGAGGUUGCACUUUUUUGGCACAUUUUGUUGACAGCUAUGGUCUGUUUUUGACUCACCAAUAAUCUUGUCGUGAAUUUCCAUAUUUGUAAGUCUAUUAUUGCUGAAUGUGGCUUUUAAUGCUUUACAUGCCAUGUCUGCCCAUGAUUAGACCAAAAUGAGAGACCUCAACUGUUGAGGUACCAUCGGUAAAGUGGUAACCAUACAUUUGCUAUAAAAUCACUUAAAAUCCAUCAGCAAAACCAGAGAAUGUCCCAUUAAGCAGGAAAACCCUGCUUAAACCUAGCCAUGAAUAGCUUUGCAUCAGCUUAUUAGAAUGUAUUUAUAAGCACUAUCAUUCUUCAGUAUUGUAAAUGUGCAUGAGUCAUUGUAUUUUUUUAUUAUUCAUUUGUACAACCAGCAUACAUAUCUGUAUUUUUACCAAGCUGCUUUUGAUCAUGAAAAUACAUCAUGUCCACAAGCAAAAAAAAAAAAAAAAGUGUUUUUAUUGACUGUCAAGACUAUUUUGGUGCAUUUAAGUGCCAUAGUAACUACAGUAAUGAUCACCAAGUGUAGUUAAUAUGACACUGGGUUUACCAGAGGAAACCGUUUUACAAAUAGAUAUGCAACUCUUGAGAACACUUUUACAAUAACUGCAAACAAAAAAGCACUUAAUUUUUGUUUUGUUCUGAUGGCAUUACUACCAUAGACCCAUUUGGUUGGUAGGCAAAUAAGACAUCAUACAUAAGUUUAAUAUUGUUUAU